CAGGAAUAAGAUUUGAAAGAAAUGGGGAGGAAGAAUGUGGCAGGCAACUCUGCUAAGCACAGCGCCGCCGGCCAUGGUUUCUCCUCACUGCCGGAGGGUUGCAUUGCGGAUGUUCUGGCGCUGACCAGCCCCCGGGACGUCUGCAGAAUGUCGGCGGUGGCGUCGGUGUUCUUGUCCGCGGCGGAGUCGGAUGCUUUGUGGGAGAGGUUCCUGCCUGCCGAUUAUCGGGAGAUCAUCGCCCGGUCAUCGGAGUCUUCGUCCUGGCGCCAUUUCUCCUCCAAGAAAGAGCUCUACUUCACUCUCUGUGAUUAUCCUCUGUUGAUCGACGAGGGCAAAAAGAGUUUCUGGCUUGAGAAGCGCAGUGGAAAGAAAUGCUACAUGUUAGCUUCAAGAGAACUCACAAUAAUAUGGGGCGAUACUCCUGGUUAUUGGGAAUGGACUUCUUUGCCAGAGUCUCGAUUUCCAGAGGUCGCAUAUCUUCAAGCAGUUUGCUGGUUUGAAAUCAGGGGUAAGAUAAACACCUGCAUGUUGUCUCCUAGAACAAACUAUGCGGCUUAUCUUGUGUUCCAUGCUGGACGCUCCCAUGGAUUCGAAGACGUCCCAGUUGAAUCAUCAAUUGAAAUUGUUGGAAAUGAAACUACCACAAGAGUAAUUUAUUUGGCUAGAUAUAGAAGUGAAGAGCAGGCGGAACAUGACGACCUUGAAUAUGAAUGUGUGAGCAUUGAAGAUGUAAGAAGUUGGAUUAAUGAUAAUUUGACUCAAUUGUAUUCAUCGCAAGAACCCGGUAAGGCGCUUCUAGGUCUUGAGGAUGUGAAAACUUGGAUGAACAGCAAUGUGAUGAAGUUGUUUUCAUCACAAGAAAAUGAAGAACCCACUUCUUCUAUAAGAAGUGACUUACCAUAUCCAAAAAAGAGAGAAGAUAGUUGGUUUGAGAUAGAACUAGGUGAGUUUUUUAUCGAAGGAGGUGAAGAUACGGAGUUGGAGAUCACUUUGAUGGAGGUGAAAGCCGGUCACUGGAAGGACGGUCUCAUUGUUGAAGGGAUUGAGAUUAGGCCGAAAGGUGAUUUGUAAAUGUUUUUGAGUUUCAUAUUUUCAAAACAUAUUGUCAGUUGAAUUGACAAAUUUUUUAAGGGAAGAAUUUCUAUAUUUAUAA